GUAAGCGAUAAUAUUAUUUCAAAAUGGCAGCCAUCAGGCAGCAUUUUAAUAGUUUUAUCGUAUUAGUUGGAGAUGCGCUUUUAACAUACUUAAACGGAAAUGAAGAAGAGUUUCAGCUACCUUUGGUGACGGUUGAUCAAGAAACAAAAGCAGAGAAAUCAAGUGAUGCAGUAUGUCAAAAGGAGGCAGACGAAGAUGCAAGUGAAAAAUCUGUGGCAAGAAAAAAUUGCGUUUUGGCAUCUGCGUUUUCGAGAUCGGGGAAAUACUUUGCAGUGUCAGACGAUUAUAAGCAGCUACAUGUGUAUCAAGUCACGACCACCUUAGACCUACUCAGUUCCAGGUUUUUAGCUAGAAGAUGUACAGCCCUCACUUUUCCUAGCAGUGAAGACCACGUGAUAGUGGCUGACAGGACAGGGGAUGUGUACAGAUACUCGUUGGUCGACCCUCACGCACUGGGUGAACUGCUGCUGGGGCAUCUGUCCAUGGUUCUGGAUGUUUGUAUGACAGCAGACGACAAGUUUAUCGUGACAUGUGAUAGGGAUGAGAAGAUAAGGAUUAGCUGCUACCCCAAUUGCUACAAUAUCCAUGCCUUUUGUCUGCACCACACAGAGUAUGUGAGCCAGGUGAUUUACUUGGAAGACAGAAACAUGAUUGCAUCUGCAUCAGGGGACGAUAGGAUUGCAUUCUGGGAUACGGAGGGCAACUUCCUGUUUGACUCCAUGCAGAGUUGCAUGAUGGACCACAAAGGUGACCAAGAGCCCCUCGGCAUCAAGCAGAUGAUAUAUGAUCCAGCGCUGAACACAAUUGCGGCAACUAGAUACAGAUCUAACACCAUAUGGAUAUUCACGUUCGUGGAUGAGGCUCUGGUCUUCAAAGAGGUGUAUGCAGAUCACGGUCUGACUGGAGUUGCCUCCCCUGAGCCAUGGACGGUCUGCUUCGAUGACAACCACAACCUGUGGAUCCUGCAGGCGUGUCAGGAGAGACCUGUGUCAGUGUUCAAGUGCUUGCUCACGAAGGAGAGCCCAGACAUCCUGAUUGAACGGGGAAGCAAUUGCUCAGAUAUACAGGACAUUGUUGACAGACUUAAUACCAAGUGGGACUUCUUCAAAGGGGGCCUGGACUGUCACACUCUGACAAUCAGCCUCCAGAAGCAGCGGACUCCUGAGAACAUGCAGGAGUACUUGAAGAAGAAAGAAGAGAGGAUCAACGCACAGAAAUCACGGCAGCCCCCGGAGAAGAGGCUCAAAACUAGCUGAGAACGUACUGGGAUCUGGUGUGGUGGUGUUAGGGGUUCAGUAUUGUGAUGGAGAAGACAACAGAACUGUUGUUGAUGCAUUCCUGGUGAAGGGCAAUGGAAAAGUUGGCAAAGUAUAACCAUCAGAUGUAUGCCAUUGCAUGUGAAUAAGUGCUUUUAAAAGAUUUUGAAUCACUAGAAACUGUAUUAAAAUUGGAGACAAUUGAAGUCCAAUGUCAACUAAGAAGUAUUUUUUAAAUACUGAAUCAAUGAUUCUUGGAUUAAAACUGCAAUGGCAUAGAAGGUUGCUAAGAAUGAAUUACUUGCAUUGUUAUGUAUUUCAGAAUAAUAAAUGAUAUAAGGUGUU